AUGAAAUCGACAAUUUUGUUUUUUUGGUGCCUUUUCAACGUAACUAUUAGUGCUCUUGGUAAUAAUGCUGAGAGAAAAAUGUAUACUGAUUUAGAAAUACGUGAUAUUUGUGCUACUGUAAUAAAAGAAUUGACAGCAAACUUGACAGGACUUCCUGGACCUCCAGGUCUACCAGGUAAAAAAGGUGAUAGGGGAAAUCAUGGACUCACAGGACCUCCAGGGCUACCGGGGAUUUCAGGACUCAUGGGGCUUCAAAACAUACCUGGCGAAAAAGGGGAGCAAGGCGUUCAAGGACCUCCAGGACGACCGGGACGGAGAGGAUUUGAUGGAUUUCCAGGAUAUGAAGGACCUGCAGGCGAUAAAGGUGACCGAGGACAUCAAGGACCUCCAGGAAGCAAAGGAGAUGAAGGAUUUCCAGGCAUUGAAGGAUUUCCAGGUUCAAAAGGCGAGAAAGGAGACCAAGGACUUCAAGGACAACCAGGUCCUCCAGGAAUAAAAGGAGAUGAAGGACUUCCAGACCUUCUUCAGGGUCCUAUAAGUCUAACAGGAUAUCCCGGCGAAAAAGGUGCUAUAGGAGAACAAGGUGAUAAAGAAGAUCUUGGACUUAGAAUUUCUUUUUUCUAAUAUAAAUAUUUAUAAAUUUUAGAUGUUCCUGAAAAUUGUCACGAUAAUCAGUUUUUUGCUGAUUGCGCACUUAUACUUAAGGCAAAAUUCUGUUAUCACAAGUACUACUCCAAGUAUUGUUGUCGAACCUGUACUCUGGCCGGAGAAAUAAAUAAUAUUAAAUAA